UCGCACGCACAUCGCGCCACGCAUCUCGCGUUGCUCACGCAGGAAGGAACGAGUCAUAUAAAACCAUGCUGCUCUUCAAGGAGACUUUUGCUUCUCUCGCGGUGCUGGUGGUCCUGGUGGCGGCAGCGGCAGCGGAGCCGGACGAGGGAGCCAAUUUGUUCCUGAAGGCCUCGAGGUCGGUGCCGCACGUGGGGCGGCGCAGCGACUUCUUCCUCAAGACGGCCAAGUCGGUGCCCCGCAUCGGACGCAGAAGCGACCUCUUCCUCAAGAGCGCCAAAUCCGUGCCCAGGAUUGGCCGCCGCACAAAUCUGGCAGCAAUAGAGGCGCAGGAUGGCAGCGAAUGGCUGUGGCCGGGAGGGGCGGACGCCAUGCCCGCCCCAGUACGACGCCAGGCUUACUACGUACGCAAGGACGGCCAGCCUGUGAUGUGGAGUGACGUUGCCCGUGAUGUUGAAGAGAAUCCAGACUUAUGGCCGUGGAACGAUUUCGAUGCAGGAAACACGAGGGAAGUUGAUAACUCACGAUAGAUGACCAAAGAUGUCACUGCUUGGCCACUCAGAUGUCGUUGAACUCCGGAAAGAAUGAAAUCUGCUUGUCUGAUAAGGAAUUCUCUCCCUUCACUACUGAGAACAUAAUAGCUAUUGUGGACCUUCACAGCUGAAACUCCCAGUGUUCAAGAAUAACAUUAUGUGAGGACAUAGCUCUUGACAAUUUCUUAUAGUUCCUCGAAUAAAGACAAUCAAGCGAUGGGAUACAGAAAUAUUUCACUACGUAAAUUUACCUUAAAUAUCUGCUUAUUUAUGACGUUGAUUUGUAAAUCUGUAAAAUGCAAGGGCUUUGGAAAUGUCUGUUAUGAGAACGGUCCGUUUUCAGUAUACUGAGCUAACUGUUUAUCGUAGGAGUCACUGGUAAAACUUCAGAAUUGAUACUAAGGUUCAGCCAGAAUUGCAGCAUACGUCUCUCCGGUUUUGAAAGUGUAUGAGUCUGUGAAUACUCGUAACUACUUCUGGAAUUUUUUAAAUGCACCUGGCUUUCGGACAUGCAAUUGUAAGGAGUUAAAAAUUGAAAAUUUUUACGUCGCUGCAUAAAUCUUAUGAACAUUGUAAAUGAUGUCCGUUAAUUUUUAAUCAAUAUAAAUGUGAAAAUGUUUACUAUUUUUUAAUGUUAUGGCAAUACCAGUGUACCAAAUAGUGUUGAGGAAAACACAGAGGGAUGACGUAAAAAGAUAAUUAUUGUCAAGUGCUUUGUUCAUUUUGUUGCAGUAUUAAUUUUUUACCAAAUUGUAGUACUUAGGGAAAUAGUGUUGAUGUGACGUGUGUUUUUUACGAAAUCUGUAAAAAUGACAAGUCAUAGCUGGGAGUGGCGGUGAUGACUGUUAUGUGAAGGUUUUGUGUAAAUGUUUUAACAAAAAAUAAAAUAAUUUAUGAAGUAGUA